AUGUCGAAGAAUCCAGAUGUGUUUAUCUUCAAGGGGGCGGCCGAAUGCAGGUUGGUUUGCCAUGGUUUGCCGCUCGCUGAUUGGUUUUACUCGUCGCUGGCAUUGAACAAAGUCUUUGAGAUACGUGACCGAUUCGGAAUGGUCAACGGAAGAUUCUCCAGAUCUGGGGUCUUAUCAGAUGAGGGCCGGACUCCAAGAGGAGGUGAUGGUGAUGACCUUCGCACACCUCGACCGGGUCGGAAAGCGAAGGUCAACAAGUCCGCAAAGAAAGGUGCAAAGGGCAAGGUCCGCGUGGCCGUGGGCGAUGGAAAGGGGGGCUCGGAGCAACUGGAGCAGAAGGAAUCUGCGGAAAAGGGCCCGCUUCCAUUCCACAUCAUCAGUUGGAGUUCCCAGAAGCAGGGCCAGCGAUGCGCCGCGCAGAACUUGGAGCAGCAACCGGAAGACCAGGUGCGACAAGUUGCCGAGCUCGAGGGCUGCGGGAGCCCUAUGAGUGUAGGACCUCGGUGGGAGACCGACGGUCCACCGGAGCAUUGCCUCUUCUUGGAUCUUGGUGCCGAAGCCGAGAUUUCUCGGGUGAAGUUGCGCUGUUCGGGCACCCUCUAUGAUCCAAAGAGCGUCACGGUCAUGCGCGCCGUCAUUGGUGUCCUUGAAGUGGUUAAAGAGCAUCGCAUGGCGGAAGAGGAACACUUCCCGAGCACCUGCAUACCACAGCAGGUAAGUCAGGAGUUGGGGGGAAUGAACCAAGCAUUGUUUAAUUUUCCAGAUGUUAUCUACAAGUUUUUCUUGUUGUUCAAUAUCGGAUGA